CUUUUUCUUCUUCUUCUUUUUUUUUUUUUUCUCCUCUUCUUAAACAAACCACAAACGGAUGUGAGGGAAGGAAGGUGUUUCUUUUACUCCUGAGUCCAGACACCUCUCUCUCUCUGUUCCGUCUAAGCUUGUUUUUGCUGAACACUUUUUUUUUACGAAAGAAAAGAAAGAAAGAAAGAAAGAAAGAAAGAAAGAAAGAAAGAAAGAAAGAAAGAAAGAAAGAAAGAAAGAAAAGAAAAGAAAAGAGUUGCUUGAUGUGAGAGUGCAAUGGACGUAAGGUUUUAUCCACCUCCAGCCCAGCCCGCCGCUGCGCCCGACGCUCCCUGUCUGGGACCUUCUCCAUGCCUGGACCCCUACUACUGCAACAAGUUUGACGCGGAGAACAUGUAUAUGAGCAUGACAGAGCCAAGCCAGGACUAUGUGCCAGCCAGCCAGUCCUACCCUGGGCCGAGCCUGGAAAGUGAAGACUUCAAUAUUCCACCCAUCACUCCUCCUUCCCUCCCUGACCACUCACUGGUGCACCUGAAUGAAGUCGAACCUGGUUACCACUCUCUGUGUCACUCAGUGAACCAUAAUGGCCUGCUACCGUUUCAUCCACAGAACAUGGAACUACCUGAAAUCACCGUUUCCAAUAUGCUGGCACAGGAUGGAACACUGCUUUCUAAUUCCAUAUCUGUGAUGCAAGAUAUACGGAACCCAGAAGGAACUCAGUACAGCCCCCAUCCUCAGAUGACAGCCAUGAGGCCCAGAGGCCAGCCUGCAGACAUCAGGCAGCAGCCAGGGAUGAUGCAGCACGGCCAGCUGACCACCAUCAACCAGUCACAGCUAAGUGCUCAGCUUGGAUUGAAUAUGGGAGGAAGCAGUGUUCCCCACAAUUCACCUUCUCCGCCUGGAAGCAAGUCUGCAACUCCUUCACCAUCCAGCUCAGUGCAUGAAGAUGAAGGUGAUGAUACCUCUAAGAUCAAUGGUGGAGAAAAAAGACCUGCGUCUGACAUGGGGAAAAAACCAAAAACUCCCAAAAAGAAGAAGAAGAAGGAUCCUAAUGAACCCCAGAAGCCUGUGUCUGCUUAUGCGUUGUUCUUUCGAGAUACUCAGGCCGCUAUCAAGGGCCAAAAUCCAAAUGCUACCUUUGGUGAAGUGUCUAAGAUUGUGGCUUCAAUGUGGGAUGGUUUAGGAGAGGAACAAAAACAGGUCUAUAAAAAGAAAACCGAGGCUGCAAAGAAGGAGUACCUGAAGCAACUAGCAGCAUACAGAGCCAGCCUUGUAUCCAAGAGCUACAGUGAACCUGUUGACGUCAAGACAUCCCAACCUCCUCAGUUGAUCAAUUCAAAGCCCACAGUGUUCCAUGGGCCCAGCCAGACCCACUCUGCUCUGUACCUAAGUUCUCACUAUCAUCAACAGCCAGGAAUGAAUCCUCAUCUAACUGCCAUGCACCCCAGUCUCCCCCGGAGCAUAGCACCCAAGCCGAGUAACCAAAUGCCAGUGACUGUCUCUAUAGCCAACAUGGCCGUGUCCCCACCCCCUCCCCUCCAGAUCAGUCCGCCUCUUCACCAGCAUCUCAACAUGCAGCAGCACCAGCCACUGUCCAUGCAGCAGCCCCUAGGGAGCCAGCUCCCCAUGCAGGUCCAGUCUGCCUUACAUUCUCCCACAAUGCAGCAGGGAUUUACUCUUCAACCCGACUAUCAGACUAUAAUCAACCCUACAUCCACAGCUGCGCAAGUGGUCACCCAAGCAAUGGAAUAUGUGCGUUCCGGGUGCAGAAACCCCCCAGCCCAGCCGGUGGACUGGAAUAACGACUACUGCAGUAGUGGGGUCAUGCAGAGGGACAAAGCACUGUACCUUACCUGAAAAUCUGAACACCUCUUCUUUCCACUGAGGAAUUCAGGGAAGUCUUUUCACCAUUGGAUUGCUUUGUACAGUCAAGGCAGUUCUUCAUUUUAUUAGAAAAUACAAGUUGCUAAGCACUUAGGACCAUUUGAGCUUGUGGGUCACCCACUCUGGGGAAAAAAAAAAAUAGUCAUGCUUCUCUAUUAUUUUUUUAAAACUUUAUGAACAUUGUUUUUUUUUUCUUCUUCCCUGAAGGACAUUUGAACCAUUCAGAUUUUAUGGAGUUUUUUUGGUUUCUGUUUUUUUGUUUUGUUUUGUUUGUUUUUGCUGUGAAGGUCUGCGCUAUAGUAACUGCCUUAGCAACUGUAGAUGUCUUGGAUAAAAGUCCUGGAUUUUCCAUUGGUUUUCAUAAUGGGUGUUUAUAUGAAACUACUAAAGACUUUUUAAAUGGCUUGAUGUAGCAGUCAUAGCAAGUUUGUAAAUAGCAUCUAUGUCAGACUCUCCUAGAGUAUAAAAUGUGAAUGUUUUUGUAGCUAAAUUGUAAUUUGAAACUGGUUCAUUCCAGUUUAUUGAUUUCACAAUAGGGGUUAAAUUGGCAAACAUUCAUAUUUUUACUUCAUUUUUAAGACGACUGACUAAUAGUUCUAUAUUUUCAAAAUAUUUGAAAAAAAUAUUCCCAAAUGAUUUUAAUUUCAAAACAAAUUGGCUUUGUCUCAUUGACCAGACAAACAGAAGCUAGUGUUAAAGGAUACACAAACGUGCUUAUUUUGUACUGCAGGAAAAUUGCUUUUUUGUAUCACGUUUUGUGUAAUGGUUAGUAAAUGUCAUUUAAGUCCUUUUCUGUAUAAAACUGCCAAAUGCUUACCUGGUAUUUUAUUAGAUGCAAAACAGAUUGGAAACAGCUAAAUUAUAACCUUUACAUAUGGCUCUGUAUUAUUGUUUCUUCAUACUGUGUCUGUAUUUAAUCUUUUUUUAUGGAACCUGUUGCGCCUAUUUAUGAAAUAAUAAAUAUAGGUGUUUGUAAGUAAAUUUGUUAGUACUUGGAAGAGGUUUCUUUGCUGUUUGAACUCUUGCUAGCACAAACAAAAAAAAAAAAAUCCAUGCUUGGUGUGAACCCGUUAUUAUUAUUUCGUUUUUACAGUGAAAUGAAUAAAGCCAAAUCUACUUUUCACUUAGAAGCAAAUUAAAGUAACCAAUCUUUAUUUCUACAUUUUUGGUUGCUUCAACAAAAACAAAGCUCUGAUACUUAAGACAUUUCCUUCUUCCUGUAAUUUAACAAGUGCAUUUCCCUAAAAGUCACACAAACUCCAGGAUCUAAGAGACGGACAGAUGGAAGGGUUUUCUAUCAGGAAAGGGUUGCUUCUUGGUUCUCAGCUGGUAUUAGUGAAUUCUGUAAACUUCCCUUCUCAUAAUAAAAAUAAUUAAAGUCCAAUCAACCCAAGUUCCUUAAACUGCAUGCUUUUUCAGAAAAUCCAGAAAACAAUUAGGGAUUACACCAGAGGUCAGAGGAAUGAAUGGGAAAGCAAGCUGUCAAGAAUGCAUCACAAAAUGAAAGGUGAGUAAGCAGACAGCCAAGUAGAAAGGAGAGGUACGCCAAACAGAAACGGAGAGUCUUGCUAUCUCUUGUGCUCUUCUGUAAGCUACUUCUUUCUCCAGAAUUCUUGGACCUUCCAAGAGAAUUCUGAGGACAGUAAGGAUUUUCUAAAGAUCCAGAAGCAUUGAGAAGCUGGCUGUGAAAGUCUGUGCAGCUCGAAAUGAGCUAGCAAAUUACUCCUUCACAGGGGACUGUAACAAGAAAGUCAGUCUGGGAAGAAAUCAAGAGAGUGUCUAAUGUCUCUUUCAUGAAAUGUGUGAAUUAAACUUAGCAAUUUAACUAAAUAUAAAUAUAUGCAUUGUGUAAUCCAGUCAGAAUUAAAAAGACACAAGGUAUGCUUGCUUUGGAAUGAUUUUAGGCAUUGUACAACCUUGAAUCACUUGAGCAUGUAAUAACUAAUAAAUAAUGCAGAUCCAAUGUGAUUAUUAAAAUGACUGUAGCUGAGACCUCUAAUUUUCCUGUCUUGAAACUGUAUAAGAUCAUGUGAUUAAGUUCACAGUUUGUCUGCUUAGUAUUUUAGAAAUAUACCAGCGCUACUAAUUA